CCUCACUGUCUUCUUCUUCUUCGCAAAGCCUUUCAAAAACCCUCACUAUUUUUCUCAGUUCUCAAGCAAAUCAUUUUCCCGAGAAAAUAAUGAAUUCAAACAUUUUCCCACCAUCGAAACAUCAAAACCAGUUUAACAUACAACAAUCCUUCUCAAAUCUCCAAUCUCAAUGCUCCAAUUUACUCCACAACGUUUCGCAAACCCUUAAUCCUCUCUUCAACCCCAACAAGAACAACAACCGUAAUAUCUUCUCUGCUCUCAAUUCGUUGCGUGAUCAAGCUAAGCAAGCUUUAGAUUCUAGAAUCUCUCGUUUCAAUUCUGGUAAGGCACCAGUUUGGGCGAGAAUUUCUGACGACGUCGGUGGCGGUGGUGGUGCGAGGACUCAGGUGACGGCUCCGGUUCGCGGAAGCGGGAAAGGAUUAACGGCUGAUGCUAUUGAGGAGAGAUUGGCGGGAGUUCCUGUUUACGCGUUGAGUAAUUCGAACGAGGAGUUUGUGUUGGUUUCAGGGACUUCUUCUGGGAAAUCUCUGGGUUUGUUGUUUUGUAAAGAGGAAGAUGCAGAGACACUUCUUAAACAGAUGAAGAGUAUGGAUCCUCGUAUGAGGAAAGAAGGUUCAAAAGUUGUUGCUCUUGCUCUUAGCAAGGUGUUCCAGUUAAAAGUUAAUGGUGUGGCAUUUAGGUUGAUUCCUGAGUCUACUCAAGUGAAAAAUGCCUUGAAGGAAAGGAAAACAGCUGGUAUUGAUGAUGAUGACUUCCAUGGUGUUCCAGUUUUCCAGUCAAAGAGCUUGAUUCUACGAAGUGAAAACAUGAGUUAUCGCCCUGUUUUCUUCAGAAAGGAGGACUUGGAAAAAUCCCUAAUACGAGCGUCCAGCCAACAGAACCGACUCAACCCUGCUCUGAAACCAGGCGAUAUUCAGGUUGCAGUUUUCGAAGAUAUUGUCAAGGGAAUGAAGGAAAGCACGACAUCAAACUGGGACGACAUUGUCUUUAUACCGCCUGGUUUUGAGGUUUCAACUGAGCAAACCCAGGAGUAGGUGAAAUCCUUAGAGCAUCGUAAAACCUCAACCUCAAACUUCUCCACUUUCAUAUUCCUAUCUCAUCAUUCAACAACUUGAUGAACACAGAGAGUUGGAAAUAGCGUUGAUGAUGUUACCUCCAUUAACAUCCUUCUCCAAUCGUUGCUUUCUCUAUCUCAUCUUAUGAGGUUUUAGCCUCCUUAUGAGUUUUUUUUUUUUAAUGACAUCUUCGCUUUAAGUUCACUAUUAUUACUAGAAAACGUAAGAGUAGCUUGUACUAAUAUUACUGUCAUGUUUAACAUUUACGUUAAAUUUUUGUUAAUUUGCAUCCGUGACCUAAGUGGGAAAGUGAGAAACUCUGCGUCAACUUUUGAAAAAUUGUGAUUGACUAGAUUUAUUUACC